AACGCGAGCAUGGCGCCGGAGCGCCUGCGGAGCCGCGCACUGUCAGCCUUCAAGCUGCGCGGCCUGCUCCUUCGCGGUGAGGCGAUUAAGUACCUCACAGAGGCUCUUCAGUCUGUCAGUGAAGUAGAGCUUGAAGAUGCGCUGGAAAAGAUCAUCGAUGCGGUUGAAAAGCAGCCCUUGUCAUCAAACAUGAUCGAACGAUCUGCAGUGGAGGCGGCCGUCCAGGAGUGCAGUCAGUCUGUGGAUGAAACUAUAGAACAUAUUUUCAAUAUCAUAGGAGCAUUUGAUAUUCCACGCUUUGUGUACAAUUCAGAGAGAAAAAAGUUUCUUCCUCUUUUAAUGACCAACCACCCUGCACCAAAUUUAUUUGGAACAGCAAGAGAUAAAGCAGAGCUGUUUCGUGAACGAUAUACCAUUUUGCACCAGCGGACCCAUAGACAUGAAUUAUUUACUCCUCCAGUGAUUGGUUCUCACCCUGAUGAAAGCGGAAGCAAAUUCCAGCUUAAAACAAUAGAAACCCUAUUGGGCAGUACAACCAAAAUCGGAGACGUGAUUGUUCUUGGAAUGAUAACCCAGUUAAAAGAAGGGAAAUUUUUUCUGGAAGAUCCCACAGGAACAGUACAGCUGGAUCUUAGUAAAGCUCAGUUCCACAGUGGGUUGUACACAGAGUCAUGCUUCGUCUUGGCGGAAGGUUGGUUUGAAGACCAAGUAUUUCACGUCAAUGCCUUUGGAUUCCCGCCCACUGAACCGUCUAGUACUACCAGGGCAUACUAUGGAAAUAUUAAUUUUUUUGGAGGGCCUUCUAACACAUCUGUGAAGACUUCUGCAAAACUGAAGCAGCUGGAAGAUGAGAAUAAAGAUGCCAUGUUUGUGUUUCUGUCUGAUGUCUGGUUGGACCAAGUAGAAGUGUUGGAAAAACUGCACACCAUGUUUUCUGGUUAUUCACCAGCUCCUCCAACCUGCUUUAUUCUGUGUGGUAAUUUCUCAUCUGCACCAUAUGGAAAAAAUCAAGUUCAAGCUUUGAAAGAUUCCCUGAAAACUUUGGCAGAUAUAAUAUGUGAAUAUCCAAGUAUUCACCAAAGUAGUCGUUUUGUGUUUGUACCUGGUCCAGAGGAUCCCGGAUUUGGUUCCAUCUUACCAAGGCCACCACUUGCUGAAAGCAUCACCAGUGAAUUCAGACAGAGAGUACCAUUUUCAGUUUUCACUACUAAUCCUUGCAGAAUUCAGUAUUGUACGCAAGAAAUUAUUGUCUUUCGUGAAGACUUAGUGAAUAAAAUGUGCAGAAACUGUGUCCGUUUUCCUAGUAGCAAUUUGGAUAUUCCUAAUCAUUUUGUAAAGACCAUCUUAUCCCAGGGACACCUGACUCCUCUCCCGCUGUAUGUGUGCCCCGUGUACUGGGCAUAUGACUACGCUCUGAGGGUGUAUCCUGUGCCCGAUCUGCUCGUCAUCGCAGACAAAUAUGAUCCUUUCACUCUGACCAACACCGAAUGCAUCUGCAUGAACCCGGCAUUUUUCUCCCUGAAGGGCUCUUUUCCAAGAAGUGGAUUUUCAUUCAAAGUUUUUUAUCCUUCCAAUAAGACAGUAGAAGACAGCAAACUUCAAGGUUUUUGAGAUUCUUAAAGACCAUCUGAAGAAGCAAAACUCAUUAAUUUUCUAAUUUUAUAUAAUUUUGAUUUGUUACAAUAAAAUUACGGUAAACUUUAGAAUGUUCUGCUUAAAUUUGUAUUUUAUGAAAUUUUGAUAUUAAGUUAAAUAAACAUGAGUACACUUUACAAAGUUUUACUGCAUAGUCUUUUAAGAAAAAUAUGAAAAAAAUUAUAUAUUUGUACUUAAAAACUAAAGAUUCAUUAUUCCUACAUUAGUCAUAUGUUGUUAAUUUUAAGAAAAACAAAUAUUUAAAGUCACAGAAUUUAUGCUAAUGAUAGUGAAAACCUUUGUUUCAGGAUAUUACCAGGAUCAUCAUUACAUAAUUACCUUUUGGCACUGGAAAUUUAAAAACACACAGGCCCCAGAGGCUUUCAUUUAGCAGGCAAGUUUCCUCAGAAGCAGCCUGUUUUGCCGUUUUGGCUGUAAUCACUCAACACCAUCCCCUUCCUUUAUCUUUUAGUUUAAGGACUUGCACCGACAGCCCAGAAACAAACUUGGGUACAAAGAGUGUUUCAAAGACAGGAGUAACCUCAGUAUUACAAAGAGCCUGGGAUGGAAGACAUUUCUUUCAAAGAAAAUUAGGUUGGGGCCAGCCUGGUGGUGCAGCGUUUAACUUGACCUGUUCCGCUUUGGC